AUGGCCUCCGUCGCAAAAUCCUGGGCCGAGGCCGAGGGCGUUCCCUACCCACUGACGCCGCGACCGCUCCAGUUCCAGUGCGUCACCUUGCUGCUGCGGAGCGCCGCGUCGUUCGACGCCGAUUCGAGACGCUACCUCGCGGAGACGCUGGUCGACGUGUGCGGCCUCGACGGCAUCAUCGCGCAAAUGCGCGACGCCGAAUGCGUCGCCGGCCUCGCGUAUUUGCCGGGGUGCGACGACUUUUCGCUCGUCGACGACCUCCGCCGGCGCCUCGCUCAGCGACCGAAGACGGCGCGCGAGACGUUCGAGCCUCUCAGCCAGAGGAUCAUUCCCGACGCUCGCGCCGCCGACGUCGCGAUCGUCGCGCGCGCGCUCCUCGGCGACGGGCGCUACAGGCGCGACAUGGUCGGCGCGCCGUUGCCCAAGGCCGCGCAGGACCUGUGCCGGCGGCUGCGGAACCGCGCGGCGAAGAUCGCCGCGCCGCCGCCGCCGCCGCCGCCGCGGCUCCGCGCGGAGCCGCGGGGCGGCCACCCGACGCGCGGGCCCUGGCUCGAGCGCGUGCCAGAGCUCGCGGGCCUCGCGGACGAGGAACCGGGUCAAGAAACGACGAGCCGGAUAGCGGCAGUCACCCCUUCCACCUCGGCGCCGCCGCCGCGGAUCUUCGGCCCCGCGGAAAGCGCGGCGCCGAGGCCGCCGGUGCUCGGGGCCGGCUGCGACCCGAGCGAGACCGUCGUCCGCCGGCGCGUCUGGGUGGCGGCCGCCGGCGCCUGGUCGCCCUGGGAGUCCGUCGCCGUCGGCGCGGCGGGCGCCGAGGUCGCGCUGAGGCGCGGCGGUCUCGUGACCGUGCACCGCGACUUCGUCGGCGCGGAAUCGCGACGCGACAUCGGCGACGCCCUGGAGAGGUGCGGCCUCUUCCGCCAGUACAAGUUCGGCAACGUGCCCGAGCCGCGCGUCCACAUGCUCCUCGCGCCGCCGGCCGCGGGCGACGGGAACCUCGCGUACCAGUACCACGGCGUGACGAUGCGCGCGCGGCCCAUCGCCGAGGUGCCGUCCGUGGCCCAGCUGGCCGACAAAUGCUCCGCGGCCUUCGGCGGCACGCCCUGGAACGUGGGCGUCGACGUCGUGUGCUACCGCGACGGCCGCGACUCGUGCGGCUGGCACGCGGACGACACGCAGGGCGAGACGCUCGUCCUUGCCGUCGUCCUCGAGUCCGUCGGCGGGCCGCGGCGCGUGCAGCUCCGGCCCAAGCAGCCGCCGCACCGGGCGCCGGGGGGCGCGCCGAAACGGAAGAAGGUGCGGCGGUCCUACGCGCACGUCGGCGAGGCGCCGCUCGCCGACGGCGACGAGGAGCUCGAGCUCUGGGUCGGGGCCGGCGACGCCUACAGCAUGGACCGCGGCGUCCAGGUCGGCUACGAGCACGCCGUGCCCAAGGUGCCCCCGAAAGACACGGGCGUCCGCAAGCGCGUCGUGGCCAUCCUGCGCGAGGGCGACCGCAAGGCCGCGGGCGCGGAGGCGUUCGACGACGCGGACACGGGCCUCGCGAACGCGUCCCUGGAGCCGCCGGACCGCUGGGACUUCGACAAGCUCGGGGGCCGCUUCGGCCACGUCGACGGCAUCCGCGAGGGCGUCCGGGCAAACGGCGACGGCGCGGCCUCGCUGGACGGUGCCGCGCUCUACUCGCGCGAGAGGCUCGUGGAGACGGGCGGCCACAACCAGGCCCAGCGCGGCGUCUCCGGGUCCCUGGUCCGCGGCGCCGAGUCCGUCGUCGUGAGCCGCCAGUCGAGCCGCCUCCGCGAGGCCGACGGCGUGUCGUGGCUCCGCUACACGUCGACGCGGCGCCAGGGCGCGGGCGCGCUCCACCGGUCGCUCGCGAACCGCGACCCCGUGCGCGUCUUCCGGAGCUCCAACCUCGGCGGCGCCUGGGCGCCGACGAAGCCGCCGGAGGCGAAGGAGGCCGCCGUCUACCGCUACGACGGUUUGUACGACGUCGUCGCCAUGUGGACCGACGGCGGCGCGCCGACGCGCGACGCGCCCCGGGCGCCCAAGGGCGGCGGCGACGCCUACAAGGGCGCGAAGGCCGACGUGCCGCCGUCGCCCAUGGCGCUCCGGAGCCCGGAGCCGGCGCCGGCCGCGCCGCUCGACGCGCUCCAGCGCCUCCCGCCGCCGCAGUACGUGUCCUUUCCGCCGCCGCCGCUCCCGCCGCCGCCGCUCCCGCCGCCGCCGAUGCCGCCGCUGCCCCCGCCCCUGGGCGGCGGCGCGGCGCCGCCGUUCUCCGUCGAGGACGGGCCGCACCUCGGCUGCUUCGCGGGCGUGCCGCCGCUCGUCGCGCUCGCGGGGCCGCCGCCGGCGCCGCCGCCGCCGCCCGCGGAGGACGCGCCGCCGCCCGCGCCGCCGCCCGACGCGCUGCGCUACGAGCGCGCCUACACGUUCCGCCUCGAGCGCCGCGAGGCGGGCAACGCGUGCUCGAACGCGGCGUUCCUCGCGUGCCUCUCGGCCGCGGCGGGCGGCCGCGCGCCGGAGCCCGACACCUUCGCCGGCUGCGCGGCGCUGCCGCCCCUGGACCACUGGGCCGGCGGCGACAGCGACGACGACAGCGGCGGCGACGCCUACGACGGCGACGACGAGACGUUCCUCAAGGUCCAGCGCAGGGACGACGCGGUCUUCCGCCGCGCUCGCUGCGCGGAGAAGCUCAUGGAGCUCGUGGCGCUCGUCGUCGCCGAGCAGGGCGGCUUCCUCGCGCCCGCCGCCGCGCCGCCCUGGCCGAAGCGCAGGGCGGCGACCAUGGCCGACGCGGCGACGUGGCUCGCGCACCGCAAGCUCUACUGGCGCCACGCGCGCCACGCGCGGCGGCGGCCGAAGCUGCUCGAGCUCGCGGCUUCCGCGGCGCCCAUGCCGGAGACGAAGCGCGCCCUAGAGUGGGCCGACGCGCUCGGCGCGUCGAGCUCGCGGAUCCUGCGGCGCCUCGUCGCCGACGCGACGAAGCGCGAGGACGAGCGGCCCGUGUCCGACGCGCUCCUCGCGGCCGACGACGACGACGGCGCGGCGCCGAAGACCUGCGCGCUCUGCGGCGCGGGCGACGACGAGGCCCUGGGCGCGUUCCUCGCCUUCGCGGACCGCGGCGCGGGCGCCGGCGCGCCGAAGACGCACGUCCACGAGGCCUGCGCGGCGUGCUCGUCGGGCGUGUUCCUCGACGACGGCGGCGACUACUGCAACGUGCUCAAGGAGGUCAAGCGCGGGCGCGGCAUGCGCUGCGCCGCGGACAAGGCGUGCACACGGCGGCCGAAGCUGUCCGGCGCGACGGUCGGCUGCGGGAAGAAGUCGUGCAAGCGGAGCUACCACGUGCCAUGCGCGCUCGCGACGGGCUGGUGCUUCGGGCCGUCGAAGACCUUCUACUGCGCGCGGCACCGCGGGGGCGUCGACCACGACCCGGACGACGUCGACGAAGCCGCCGCGGCCGAGGAGUCGUGGCUCUUCGACUGCGCCUGCGGCGUGACCGGGGCGAACUUCGACGACGGGUCGGCCAUGUGGGCGUGCACCGUCUGCGACGCCUGGCAGCACGCGGCCUGCGCCGGCGGCGGCGACGCGCCCGCGGAGGACUACGCGUGCUUCAACUUCGCCGACGCGAGCGCGAGCGCGCGCUUCGACUCGCUCUUCAUGAAGCCCGCGAAGUCGGCCUCCGACAGGGACCCGGGCUUCGCGGCGAGCGCCUUCGCGAAGUACUCCGACGCCGUCGCGAAGUCGCCCUGGCAGCCGGGCGCGUCGGCCCAGCCGACGGUCUUGUGCUCCGACGCCGCGGGCGACGCGCCGUCGGCGACGGUGCGCGACCCCCAGGACGCGCCGGACUGGAGCGUCGCGGCCGACUUGAGCGACGUCUCCGGCGAGCAGCCGAGCUCGAGGCCCGCGCCGAGCCAGCCCUCGUGGACGGCCAUCUCGAAGCCGAUGGGGUCGCGGAGGGGCGACGGGAAGUCCGUCUCCGACGACGCCGAAGAAGACGGCGCCGACGACCGCGCGGGCGCCCAGCUGCUCGCGGCCGCGUCCUUCGCCGCGCCCCCGAGCACGUCGGGGAAGUCGACGGGCAUGAGCAACUACGGCGACACGCCCGCGUCGGGCGUCGUGCGCGAGGCGACGGGGUCUCUGCUCGAGAAGGUGCAGGCCGACGUCGCCCACGUCGUCAACUCCCUCGAGUCCAUCUGCGCGCGCCGGCGCCCCCCCUUCUUCGAGCCCUGGAACGCGCACGCAAACCUUAACUCCCGGCGCUCCCCCCCCCCGCGCGAACGCCCCGACACGCGCGCGCGCCCCGUAGGGAACGAGGUCGGCUACUCGGGCGAGGAGCGGCGGCUGCAGAUGGACAAGCUGAGCGACGAGCUGACGCACACGCUGCGGGCGAAGCUCGCGCAGGAGGUCGAGGUGCGGGACGUCUUCAAGAAGGACAUCGCGGACAAGGUCGCGGAGUGCGUGAUGAUGGCCCGGAGCGUCGACGACGACGGGACGGGCGCGCUGCCGCCGGAGCUCGACGUGUCGAGCCUGCGGCUGUCGCACGGGCUCAUGAAGCUCGAGGAGGAGCAGGCGAAGCUCGACGUCGUCGUGAGCGCGCGGACGGCGGAGUUCGCGGAGGCGCGCGACGCGAUGCGGGACGCGUCGGCGCGGCUCGGCGAGGUGCUGCCCGCGGAGUUCGACGACGUCGGCCGCGAGGACCUGACGCUCGGGCGGCUCGCGGCGUUCCGGGAGGCGCUGGAGCGGCUCAAGGUCGUCGAGGCCGAGCGCGCCGUCGAGCUCGCGCGGCUCCGCGAGUCGUCGCUCGCGCUCGUCAAAGAGCUCGACGACGAGGCCGUCGAGGCCUACGACGAGUUCGAGGGCGACGACGACUACGUGCGGUCCGACGGGUCCGUGCUCGCCAAGGCGCGGAACUCGCUCGCCGCGGCCAAGGUCGACCGCGCGAAGCGGCGGCUCGCGGCGCUCCGCGACGAGAAGAAGGGCCGGCUCUCGCGGCUGUCGACGCUCGGCGAGGAGAUCAGCCUCCUCUGGGAGCGCCUCGACGUCGGCGAGGCGCAGCAGCUCUCCUUCCGCGCGGCCGUGAAGCACUCGUCCAUCUCCCGGGCGACGUUCGACAUCGGCGAGGCCGAGCUCGGCAAGCUCCGCGGCGAGCUCCACGCGCGGCUCGCGGAGCUCGUCGCGUCGCGGCGGGCGCGCAUCCGGGCGCUCUGGGACGAGAUGACCGUGCCCGACGCCCAGCGCCGGACCUUCGGCGCCUACUUCGACGCCGGCGACCCCACGGAGGCGUCGCUCGCGGCGCACGAGGCCGAGGUCGCGGCGCUCGAGGCGCGCCGCGAGGCGCUCCAGCCGCUGCUCAAGCUCAUCGAGAAGCGCGAGGAGCUCCUCACGGAGCGCACGGCGCUCCACGUCCUCCAGAAGGACGCGAGCCGCCUCCUCCGCCGCGGCCCGGGCGCCGCGACGGAGCGCAAGUACGAGUUCGAGGCCAUGAAGCGCGUCAAGCAGCUCCCGAAGCUCACGGAGAAGCUCUUCGAGAAGCUCGUCGAGUGGGAGACGAAGCAGAGCCCCGUGCUCCGCGACGGCGUCCGCUACCUCGACAAGAUGCGCGACGACCAGAAGGAGGCCGCGCAGGAGCGCGCGCAGGCGCUCGAGGCCAAGAAGAUCGAGGCGACCAUCAGGAAAGAGAAGCUCCGCGACCGGAACCUCCAGUCGGCGCGCUUGCAGCUCUACGCUAUGGUCGUGAUCAAACAGAGCUUUAAAGCGUUCCUCACGAAGCAUAAACUGGACGACGCGCCCGCGGCGGCGCGCGCCGACGACGACGAUGACUACCGGCAGGGCAAAAUCGAGAGCGUGGCGCUGGAGACGGGCUAUCGCAGCAGCCCCAGGGCGCGCGAGAAGUUCAUGAUCUCGGCGGAGGGGCAGCCCGCGCGCGCGCCGCCGGCGCCGAGCGCGCCGGCCGACGCCGGGUCCUGGACGGCGGGCGACGCCGGCGUCGCCAACCCCGCGGAGCCCGCGGAGGCGUACCGCGUCGUGCACGCCGUCGUCAUGGUCCGCGCGCGGCCGUCGACGCUCGCGCCGCGCGUGGGCAUCAAGCGCGCCGGCGACGUCGUCCGCGGCCGCGUCCUGAAGAUGGCGUCGACGGACAACGAGUGGCUCAAGCUCGACGGCGCCGUCGGCUACGUGCUCCUGCACGGCCGCUCCGUCGGCUGCGGCGAACUGCUGCGCCGCGAAGCCGAGGCGGCGGCGUCCGAGGCAGCGCCCGCGGAGGCGCCCGAGGCCGCGGAGGCCGACGGCCGCCGCCUCGGCGAGGCCCGCUUUACGGUGGCCAAGGACUGGAAGGAGCGCCUCGCGCGCGCGGUCGCGCCGGAGCAUGAGCCGGCGGCGCCGGCGGAGGCGGCGCACGCGCCGGCGAACACAAAAGCCGCGCCGUCGAGGAAGGCGGCGGCCGCGAGAGCGCCGGUGAAAGCAAAAGCCGCGCCGUCGAGGAAGGCGGCGGCCGCGAGAGCGCCGGCGGCCGAAGCGCCGGCGGCCGAAGCGCCGGCGGCCGCGCCGGCGCCGCCGCCGCCCGCGCGGAGCGCCGCGCGGGACCCGCUCGGCGUCUACGUCUGGCGCCGCGCGUUGGCCUACGCUGGCUGCGCGCGGACCCUGGGCGCCGCGGCGUGCUGCAGCGACGUGCUGCGGCGCGCGGCGAGCGACGACGGCUGCUGGUGGCCCGCGGCGCGGCGCCUCGGCGCGCGGGACGCGGCGAACGCGCGCGACCUCGCGCUGGCCGCGCUCGCGUACCGGAGCGAGACCGCGCGGGGCCGCGCCGUGCGGGCCGAGGGGCGGCGCGCGGAGGCGGACGACCUCGUCGUGUCCCUCGAGCGGACCGCGCCGCACGCGGCGCUCUUCGCCCUCGACUCGGCGGGCGAGCUCCGCGUGCGCCGCGACCGGGUCUCCAAGGGCGGGCCCAUCGGCGCGUCCUGGCGCCGCUUCCGGGGCCGCGCGCGCGUCGGCGACUGCUUCGCGAAAUUCGCGGCCAUCGCCGAGCAGCGCGUGCCCUUCAUGGACCGGAACCUCUGCGACAAGCUCCCCUGCUCCGUCGUCAUCGCGCCCUACGCCGAGGAGCGCGUCGUCGACGACUUCGCCCUCAAGGGGCGGAGCAGGGCCGGCGGCCUCGCGGUCCUGCCGCUCGAGUACCGCGGCCUCGUGCUCGGGCCGCUCCUGCUGGGCACCUUCGGCUACACAGACCACGCGCUCGUCAACCGGCAGCAGCAGGGGGUCUGGUUCGCGGCGCUGCCCCACGCGCCGAACCACUUCUCCCCGGCGGCGCCGCGGCGCCUCGCCGACGGCGAGCUCCGGGGGUUCGCGGGCGUCGCCGUGUCGACGAGCGACGGUCCCUGCGAGCUCGAGGGCAGCUACGCGCACCUCAACGCCAAGGCGGCGCCGGCGACGGCGUCGCUCCGCCAGCUGGGCGCCGAGCCCGCGCGGCGCCGCGCGGAGUGCGGCCUCUGGGCCGCGGCGACGCUCGACGUGCGCGGCGUCGGCGGCCGGCGCGUCGUGACGCGCGACGACCGCACGGUCUUCGACCAGGCCUGCGUCGCGACGCUCGCCGUGCGCGUCGACGACGAACGGGGCCGCGCGAGCUGGUCUCGGGCGAAGCUCAUCGGGCGGUGCCAGGACUGCGACGGCGCCGCGAAGUGGGUCUUCGAGGGGCCCGCCUGGGACGCCGACGCGCCGGAGCCCCGGGACCUCGCCGGCCGCGGGCACCUCGCGUGCCUCCUCGACGCGCGCGGCGCGGAGACCUUCACGUGGCCGCCGGAGCUGCGGCCCGCGGACUGCGACGCGGUGACGCUCGAGGGCGAGUUCGUCUCCGGCACCUUCGUCCUCCAGGCCGCACUCGUCGCGAGCCCGAGGCACCGCGUCAGGGUCGCGCUCCUCGCGCUCGCGCCCUGCGAUUAA